AUGAAGAGCGCUUUCAUUGUCGGCGCCUUCGCCGUCGGCCUGGUUUCGGCCUCGGCCCCUCGCGGAAUCUACACCGGGGAUGCGUGCGUUAUUGACGAUUGCUACAACUAUGUCCACUCUUCGGAGACCAUCUGCCCGGAGCUGCAGUCAUCUGAGUGCGGCCGUUCAGCCGAGUUGACGGCUCUCUCAUACUGCGGCACCAAGGAUUACGCCCUCUCGGCUUGCGACUGCACUCCCGACGAGGAGGAUUGUGAUGAGACCCCUACUCCCGGAACCACUCCUACCACUACUCCCGGUGACGAGGACUGCGAUUCAACCACUACCGAGGCUACUCCUACCACAACCCCCGAUGAUGAGGACUGUGACAGCACAACCACAUCUGAGACCACUCCCACGACAACUCCCGAUGAUGAUGAUUGUGAUAGCACCACCACCACUGCCGAGUCUACUACCACCACCCCCGCUGGUCAAGACACGACAACGACUCCUGAGUCUACUCCUACCACCACUCCCGGUGGCCAGGAUACUACGACUACUACUCCUGCCGGCCAAGACACCACCACUACCACCCCCAGUGGCCAGGAUACUACCACCACUCCCGGUGGUCAGGAUACUACCACCACUCCCGGUGGUCAGGAUACUACCACCACUCCUGCUGGUCAAGACACUACCACCACUACCCCUGGUGGCCAGGAUACUACGACCACAACUCCCGCCGGCCAAGAUACUACCACUACUCCUGGUGGUCAGGACACCACUACUACUCCCGGCGGUCAGGAUACCACUACCACUCCUGCUGGUCAAGACACUACCACCACUACCCCUGGUGGCCAGGAUACUACGACCACAACUCCCGGCGGCCAGGACACCACCACGACUACUCCCGGCGGCCAGGACACCACAACCACCACUCCCGGUGGUCAGGACACCACUACUACUACUCCCGCUGGUCAAGAAACUACCACCACCACCCCCGGCGGCCAGGACACCACUACCACCACUCCCGGAGGUCAGGACACCACUACCACCACUCCCGCUGGUCAAGAAACCACCACCACCACUCCCGGAGGUCAGGACACCACUACCACCACUCCCGGUGGUCAGGACACCACUACUACUACUCCCGCUGGUCAAGAAACUACCACCACCACCCCCAGCGGCCAGGACACCACUACCACCACUCCCGGAGGUCAGGACACCACUACCACCACUCCCGGUGGUCAGGACACCACUAGCACCGAGACUGCUACCACCACCACGACUCCUGCUGGUCAAGAUACCACUACCACCACCCCUGGCGGCCAGGACACUACCAGCACUGAGACUGCUACUACCACCUCAACUCCCGGUGGCCAGGACACUACCAGCACUGAGACCGCUACCACCACCUCCACUCCCGGUGGCCAGGACACCACCAGCACCGAGACUGCUACUACCACCUCCACCCCCGGUGGUCAGGACACCACUACCACCACUCCCGGCGGCCAGGACACCACCAGCACCGAGACUGCUACCACCACUGGUACCGAGUCUGAGACCACCACUGCCACCGGCUCUGAGACUGAGACUACCACCGCAACCGGCUCUGAGACCACCUCCACUGGUUCCGAGACUGAGACCACCACUGCCACUGGUUCUGAGACUGAGACCACCACCGCCACCGGUUCCGAGACCACCACCACUGGUUCCGAGUCUGAGUCUACUACCGCUACUGAGUCUGCUUCUACCGCCUCUGGCACUGAGACCACCGCUACCGAGACCACCACCACCUCUGGCGAGACUACCAGCAGCGGCUCUGGAGGACAUGCUACCACCACCACCACUGAGGAGAUGACCACUUCCACCUUCUACGAGACCACCACUCGUACCAUCACCAAGUGCCCGUCCUACGUCACCAACUGCCCUGUCGGCAGCGUUACCACUGAGACCGUUGCCGUUUCCACCACGGUUUGCCCCGUGACCGAGAAGUUCACCACUUCCACUGUGUACGCCACUAAGACCUACACCAUCACCAAGUGCCCCUCUUACGUGACCGACUGCCCUGUCGGCCAUGUCACCACUGAGACUAUUGCCAUCUCCACCACCAUCUGCCCCGUCACCGAGGAGCACGCCAAGCCCACCAACCCUCCCUCUUAUGGUGGCGAGAAGUACACCACUUCUACCAUCUACAGCACCAAGACCUACACUAUCACCAAGUGCCCGUCUUAUGUCACUGACUGCCCCGUUGGCAGCGUUACCACUGAGACGAUUGCUGUUUCUACCACGGUUUGCCCCGUCACUGAGGGUGGCUACAAGGCCACCAAUGUUCCCUUCAUCCCCGAGGGUCACAUCACUUCCACCCUCUACACCACCCAGACCUACACUAUCACUACCUGCCCUGCUGAUGUCCACAACUGCCCCUACGGCAGUGUCACCACCACCGUCUACCCCACCGGUACGACCUACAUCCCCAAGCACUCCACGGUCGUGGUUGUUACCUCUGCCGGCUACGAGGCUCCCUCCGCCGCUGCUGUCUCUGGCAGCGACUCUGAGUACGCCGCUCCCUCCAAGACUGGUGGCGAGUACGCUGCUCCCAGCAACCCUGCUGCCACCAUCACCACCGGCUCUGGCUCCGAGGCCACUGGCACUGCCGCCCCGACUUAUGUCACUGGCGCCGCUGCCCGCAUGGUCGGUGGCUUCGAGAUGGUCGCUGCCGCGGCCGGUAUCGUUGCCGUCCUCCUGUAA